CAAAAAAAAAAGCAAUAAUUUCAUGGCAUCUUCUUGGUAUUUUUCUGUCGGUUCACGUGUCGAUUUAGUGACAGAGGGGACAUAAAUUGUCCGAUACUUAACCAGUGAAACAUCAACUCCAAGUAUCUUUCUCAAAAUCCAACCGGAGCUGAUUUAAAACAAUUUGAUGAUUAUGAUUGAUCGCCAUCUUCAACCACUUUCACCACCAAACUCAAUCACUCUUCUUCUUCUUCAAGUAAACAUCACCCAAAAAGCCUCCAUUGUUCCUUGCUCCUUAUCGUCUCUGUUUGGAUUCCAACCAUGAGAACCUUUGUCGGAUUUUACAUCCUCUGUCUCUUAAUCGGACAAGAUCUGCCUUUUCUAGCUGCUGAUGACGCCAAUGUCAUAAACGAUUCGACCCAGAAUCUCUGUUUUGCAAACCGAUUAUCCGAUUUCCUCCCUCCACCGUACAGCAAUGUCUCCGAUAACAUGCCCUGUACUCCUCUAUGGAACACAUUCGUCUUACGGUAUUCAGAAAACAGAGACAAUGUGAUGACGAUUAUAGUAUCCGCUUUAUACACAACCGGGUGGGUUGGAAUCGGAUUCUCGAAAGAAGGAAGAAUGGUUGGGUCAAGCGCGAUGGUCGGGUGGAUUUCGAAAAAGGGUCACGCCAAAAUCAAACAAUACUAUCUCCAAGGAACGGAGAGAGACCAAGUUGUGCCUGAUCAAGGAGAAUUGCAACUAGAAAAAGUCCCUCCGGUGGUGGCUCUUCACGGAGCAAUGAUUUACUUAGCUUUCCAGGUGAAAUUCUCCGUUAGAGUUCCUCAGAGAGCCGUCAUAUUAGCCCUUAGCACCGCUUAUCCUUCCAAGCUUGGCCGUUUGACUAAGCAUGAUGAUAAAACUACAGUCAUCGUCGAUUUUUCCAAAGCAAGUGGAGCAACCUCCAUGAAGACGACAACUUCUACGGAGAAGACAAAACAUGGAGUAAUGGCGAUACUCGGAUGGGGUUUCUUACUUCCCGUAGGGGCAAUCCUCGCGAGAUAUCUUAGACAUAAAGACCCUCUUUGGUACUAUCUUCAUAUCGGUUUUCAAUUCACGGGAUUUAUCUUCGGUUUAGCCGCUGUUAUCCUCGGGAUUCAGCUUUACAAUAGGAUCCAGCCGGAUAUACCUGCGCAUCGAGGCAUAGGGAUCUUUCUUUUAGUUCUUAGCAUUCUUCAGGUUUUGGCUUUCUUUGCACGUCCACAGAAGGAGACAAAGAUGAGGAGAUAUUGGAAUUGGUAUCAUCAUUGGAUUGGGAGAAUCUCUCUCUUCUUUGGAGCAGUGAACAUUGUUCUUGGAAUUCGAAUGGCGGAUAAUGGAGGAGAUGGAUGGAAAAUUGGAUAUGGAUUUGUUUUGUCAGUGACAUUACUUGCUUUUGUUGUUCUUGAAAUAUUCAGGAUUCGUGGCUCUAUUGGUUCGCCAUCUUCUCACACCCCUCCCUCGUUUGAGGCACAUCCAAGUUCUACUAGUGUCUGAUUCAAGAUCUUCUGUUUUUGUCAUUCGUUUGUUUCUUGUACAUAAAGGCACCUUUUUUUUCCCCUGGUUAAAGCCAUUAUGGUCAUUGAAUUUUACAGUCGAUAAGUGUUGGUUUUCUAGUGGAAAUCGGUCUUGGUUUAGAGAGCAACAUGAUGAUUUUUUUUUAAGGUUUUUUUUUUCUUUUUGGAUCUCAAAUUGUUGUCAUUUGAAGAUGUAAGUUGAGUUUUGUAGGUUGUUGUUGUUCCUGAAAAGUGAAAACAUGUAUACGUAAAUCUUUCAUUCCUUUUAUGAGUUACGAUUAAUGAGA